CAGCCAAACAAACCUCUGUGCAGUGAGCAGCGACCAGAUUACGCAGACUGCCAAAUCUGCUGGAUCCAGUGCAAGCUAUGUGUCAGGUUUUCUCCCAUGUCAAGACAGCCACACUCAAACAAAUACUUACCAAUCAGAUUUCAGCAGCAUCAACAGCAGUCACACUCAAACUCUGAUAUCAACCCUUUUCAACGUAGCAGAAGUACAAGACCAAGGCACUACAUGUGAUGGACUGCUAGACUUCAGUGUUGACAACUUUUCCUCAAACACCUCCAUUCAAAAUGAUGUUUUAGCUCACCAUUUAGAUACACCUAAACAUAGAUUUCAGUCUCCUUAUUCUGAAGACAAUUCUAGAAUCUCUCAGAAUGUUUUCAUAUCAAAUCAAGUCAGGACAUGUCAAGUUGAUGCUCUGACAUCAAGCCAGUC